CGCGAUCAACGCCUUGCACCACAUCAACUCCACCUACAGACAUCAAAGAUGGGUAAAGCCGCACGAGGCAAGCGCAAUGCGCCCUCCAGCUCUCCGUAUCAGAAGCCCGGUGGUGCGCCACUCUCCAAAGCAGCCUCUGCGAUAUUCAAGUUCAAUACGGACAUCGGCCAGCAUAUCCUGAAAAACCCCACAAUCGCCGAUGCCAUCGUCGACAAGGCCAACGUCCAGCCCAGCCAGACGGUACUCGAAGUCGGUCCGGGUACGGGUAUCUUGACGACGCGAAUUCUCCAGAAAGCGAAAAAGGUCAUUGCUGUCGAACUGGAUCCCCGAAUGGCGGCGGAGGUCACAAAGACGGUUCAGGGGACGCCUGCGGAGAAGAAACUCCAGGUUAUUUUGGGCGAUUUCGUCAAGACGGAUCUCUCCAAGCUGCCUCCUUUCCAGAUUUGCAUCAGUAACACUCCUUAUCAGACCUGCAUUCUCAUGGUUCAGCGUGAAUUUGCCCUUCGGUUGAUCGCCCGUCCCGGAGACUCGUUAUAUUCCCGACUAUCAGUCAACGCACAGUUCUUCUCUCGAAUCUCGCACGUAAUGAAAGUCGGCAAGAAUAACUUCCGACCCCCUCCACAAGUUGAGUCUAGCGUGGUCCGAAUUGAGCCCAAGGCUGAUCGACCGAACAUCAGCUGGGAUGAAUGGGAUGGUAUGCUCCGCAUCUGCUUCGUACGAAAGAACAAGACUCUGCGCGCGGGUUUCAUGGCCACGAAAGUGCGUGCGCUGAUUGAGCGCAACUGGAUCACAUGGGUUUCCAUGCACCCGGAGAAGGUCACUCAGGCGGACAUUGAUUUCCUCCAGGGCAAGGACGUUGCUGCCCUGCAAGGUGCUGAUGAGGAUAUGGAUAUGGGCCAGGAUGACGAUGAGCCGGUUGAGGGAGGUGACGACGAGGAUGAUAUCUUCAUGGACUUGGGAGUGGAAAACGAUGCCCCAGUUACUACGAGCAAGGGCUCACUCGUGGCAAUCGGAGACCAACAGGUCCCUCGGGCCAUGGUGACAAAACUGGUUCAAGUGAAGAUCCAACGGGUUUUGGAUCAGGCCAAUAUGGCGAAUGCUCGUGCCCAGAAGUGUGAUGAGAAUGACUUCCUCCGCCUUCUCCAUGGAUUCAAUACUGAAGGUAUCCACUUUUCUUGAGUAAAGGGUGAUCCCAAGUGCAUUGCAAUCUUUUCCAAGCCCGUCGCAGACUCAUGUACUCCAGUGCCGAAGUGAUCGAACUUCUCGCGCCAUGAUGCUCAUAUCCUCGUUUUGAUACCCACUUGACGCCUCUGAGCUCGACAUCGGGAUAUAGUCAGAUCUCAGAUCGUCGACAUAUUGUCCAUUGCGCAGAGUACCGUUUGUCAGGAGUCAGGGCGCGAGUGAAGCAUGCCUCUCGGCUAUACCCGUGCGCACUCGAGCUUGAUGAUACUUUUCUGGUUCUAUAAUUCCACAGUUAGACUACGGAGAUACCUCUAUCAUCAGUAACGAAGACAUGAUAUUUAUUCAGUUCUUAUGCUGCCAGUCCUUCUUUGGUUUCUAUACACUGCUAUAGGGGCUCUGGCGUCUUAGAAAGGUGGCAGAGAAAUAGAGCAAGGAAUAGACGCUAAUCUCGAAAAGGGAAUUUCGC